UUCAAAUAAAGUGAAUGGAAAAGACAGUUCUGAAGUUGUGUGAUGAUGUUUUUUUUAACUUCUUCUCCACAUUUAAAUAUUCAUAUGAUGGACAUGUGCACAUCAAAAUUUGGUUGAAGCUUUGAAGCAUUUACAAAAAACUUUUUUUAUUUUCAAUAAACCAGAAGUGUGCGGGAGUUUUGACAUCUUAAGGCUUUUCCCCUUCUCCAUGCACCAGAACAGUUAAAAUGUACCUUGGUCAAGGUCCUAUGGCAGAUGUUUUCAUGCAGAUAAACAAUAAAAGUUGUAAAAAUUGAAAUAAAAAACUGGUCCCAUGAAUCCAUUCACCUGUUCAAUGAUCCCUUUCACUAUGGCCUUGUUAUCCCUAGUUGAAGAGCAAAAUCAUUUAUACCUUUUAAUUUUCUUUUGUCUCCUUCAUUAAAUUGAAUUUCAUUUAAAAUGAUGAUGCAUAGUUUUUCAGAAUUUACUGCUUUAUUAAUUUAAUUAAUUUACAAAUUUAUUGCAAAUUUUAAAGCUCUUCCUGUUAAACCACCCACUCCCUUGAGUAAACGCUAAUAAGCCAUUGAAUUAUUUCUGUUAAAUUCUGGACGUGAAAUUACUGCUACAGGUGUCAGUCUGUAGAAAAACUUAAAUGCAAAGUCUGUGCUUCUUCUAUGUUGAAAUACUCUAUAUGAAACAUAAUUGCUCAAAUCGACCUCUCGUAAACCUUGCUUGACUAUUUUGUGUAGUUUGUCAAACAUUGACAAAACUUUAUCUUACAACAGGUCAAAACAUGUGGAACAUGUGUUUUUUUUUCUAUCACGUGGCAACAACUUGGCAAAUAUUGAUUUGAACAACCAUCAACUAUCAGUGAGCCCAUAAUGACGUCUUGACUGCAUCAGAGAGCAGGCUUGGUGGCAGCGAAAACACAAGAAUGGAAGAAAGAGGAUUUCCAUCUUUUGUCCAAACAUGAGACUUGUGGCUCUGGUUGUGGUGUACGGACUGAUUGCUGGUCAGGAUGGAGGGAGUGUGGCAGCAGCUCGACCGGGAUUUGACUCUGCACAGAGGACACAUGCUACAGGAUCAGUCCUCUCUGGACUCAGGAGGAGAACUGCAGGAGAGCUUGUGACGGAGGAUGCUAACCCGUGUUUCUCCUUGAGGGAGAAUGAGGAGCAGCGGCAGCUCCUGUGCUACGACCGCAGGAGUAAAUUCAACUUCAACCCGUUCGGUCUUCGCUUCGGGAAACGCUACAACGGCUACAUUUACAGAAGAGCCGUUAAAAAGGCCAGGACAAAGAAAUUUGCUCCCUUUUCUUUUUUCUCGCGAGAACUGGGAGUUCCCACCUGAAAAAGAGACAUGCCUUACUCUGAGCGCUUGUGUCCCAUUGAUGAAAAGUCAACGUAACAACUGUCUUUCCAUAUGUGUUUGAUAAAGGCAUUUUAAUUCAGAUAGAAGUACGAUUUCUGUGAACAAAACUUUUGUAACAACCUAGAAUGUUAAAUGAAUUAUGAGAUUCAUAAACGAUUCAAAUAAAAAUACAUUUAGAUAAAGAAA